AUGUCAGAAGAGCAAUAUGAAAUUCAAGAAAGUGAGGAAGAUUUUCGAUCCCCAAGCCCUUUCCGAAGCACAAACCAAGAUCACAAUGAAAUAUCUCCUAAUAGCAAAAUCUCUGGGGGGUCAAAUUUGCUUAUUUACUCAGCUAGUGACAAUUCCCCCAUUCCAAGCGAUAUAGGUUCAAAUGAUCGCCCAUCCGAUUUAUCUCCAAUAGACUCCGAGCGGGAUCAUCCCCGAUCCCAUCAAUAUCGAGGCCGAGAAUCAGCUUUUAUCCCUUCAAAUCUGGCCCGCGACCAAAUCAAAAUGAUAGAAAACGAAAUGAAAAAAAUGCAUAAAAGGCAUUGCGCUCUUUUAAAAGAAAUGGAUACGAACUACUCCAAUAUUGAAAAAGAGACCCACGAAAGGUUCUGUGAAUUUAUAAAUAAAUGAAAAGACGCAAUAAAGCUAAAGGUCGAGCAAUAUAGGAAAGCAAUUGAAGAAAAAAGCAUGGAAUUGAUGGAACUUAAAGAUUUUUCUGAAAGCCAAAUUAAUAAUUUUGAAGAAAAAAUCAAUAGACUGCAGCAAGAGAAGAAAGAAAUUUUGCAGAAAUACAAUCGUGAUAUGAAUGAAAAAGAAGCUGCUAAAGAAAGAGCUAUAAGUUCUAUGCAAAUUUCAUAUGAGAAGCAGCUAGGUCUUAUGCAAAACGAUAAGAAAGAACUCCAGCAUAGGCUUGAAGAAGCUUAUGCAGACAGGGAAAACAUUGAGAAUUUCAAUAGGCAGCUAAUGCAAGAAUUUGAGCAAAGAGAAUGCAUGGUGAAAGAAAUUUCUGAAGAAAAAGACAACCUUUUGGCUGAACUUUCUAAUGUCUAUCUUAGUGUUGCUUAAGUAAGUAAUUAUAAAGCUUAACGUCCACUACAUCGUUGCCUUACUCUGGAGUUUUGCCAUCUUUACGCGUGCAAGGCCAAAGGCUGCUGGGCUUAUCUGUCUUGAUCGCCUGGAACACUUGGAGACGAUGCUGUUAUUUUUGAAGGAGAACUUUCUAAAGUAAAGGGAAACGAGAAUCAAAUGAGGACUGAAAUCUGUGAGCUUGUGCUAGAAAAUUUAAUAGGGAAGCUAGAAAUCCCUAAUAGUGAAGCUUAUAACGAGAUCUAUGAGAAAGAAAAAGAACUCUAUGUAUUGUGCAGAAAACAAAAAUACUAUUUUCGUAACCAAAUUCUUAAAUGAAGCAAAACCUUUGAGAUGGAAAAUAAAAGAAAGCCUGAUAAAAAUGAUAAAGAAGCUAUAAAUGAACUGUAUAGCUCUUAUGACUAUUUUUUUAAAGAAACAGAUACGAUGGCGAAAAGGAUGGAAGCUGCCAAAAUAAAAGCUAAAGAAAAAGGAUUAAGCAUUGAAGACAAAAUUCCGACACCUAGGAGAACUCGUUCCCAGAGUCCUUCAAAUAUAUUGAACCUUUCAGUUGAUACCUCAUUUUCUUCAUCUCCCUCUAAAGACAAGUCUUUUAGGUCAGGAGAUGUCACUGAUCCUCAAUAUAAAGAGCAACUUGAUGCUUUACAAAAAGAAAAUGCCCAGCUACGCAAAGAGCUUCGGUCUAAAUUCAAGUUUGCAAAGCGUCCAAAUAUUCAGACUCCUACAUCUUUAGACGCAAACAGCAUAAUUUCAAACUCAAAUCUUCAAGAAAUGCAAGCUUUGAAAUCAGAAAGAGACCAUUAUAGGCAAGAAACAGAAAAAUUAAAGCAAGUUAUUGAAAACGAAGCAGCAAAUGGAAGCAAGAUUUUUGAUACUGCCAUGAAUAAUUUAAAGAAACAAAAUUUCGAUUUAAAGCAAAAAUUAACUGAAAUGGAGAAAAAGUACCAAGUAGAUCUAGAAAUGAUGGAGGUGCUAAAAAAUGACAACCAAGAUUUCAUUACCAGGGUCACUGAAUCUUCAGUUGCUGACACCAGCGAAAUUGCGAAUUUAAAAGCCCAGCUCCAUGGCUGACUCACAGAACUAAAAAGUGCAAGAGAAAAAAAAGACCCAAACGCUCAAUAUCUAAAAGAAAAAAGUGAUGCUGCUUUAAACCAGCUGAAGAAGCUUCAAGAAGAAAACAGUUCUUUGAUGAGUGAAAUCAAGAUGGUAAGAGACCAACUAAGAAGAGUUGAAGAAGAAAAUAAACGGCAACGAAAAGAAUUUGAGACCAAAAUAAUCCAGGAAAACGAAAAACACAAAAAAGAAAUAGAGCAAGUCCAGAAUGAAACAGAAGCAGCAUUCCGAGAAAUCCUUCAAGAAUAUGAAGAAAAAGAAAGGAUAAAAGAGGAAAAACUCACCAUUGAAGUCGAAGAAAUGAGAGAGCAAAAUGAAAAUCUGGCUGGAAAAUUGCAAGAUGCAUUGAAAAAUGCACAGAAUUUAAAGCAAGAUUUAAAGGACUCUUUUAUACAGAGAAAAUUGCUGCAUAAUUACAUUGAAGAUUUGAAAGGGAAAAUUAGAGUGUUUUGUAGAGUAAGGCCAAUGAAUGAAAUGGAGCUUGCAAGAAACUGCUCCAGCACUGUUACAAUUAGAGACGAUUUCACAUUGUUUUUUGAGAUGAAAAGUGGGGUUGUUAAGCAGUUUUCGUUUGAUUCGAUUUUUGGGCCGCAAUCUACACAAGAAGAAGUGUUUGAAGACACCAAAAAAUUGAUCCAAAGUGCAAUUGAUGGGUAUAAUGUGUGCAUUUUUGCAUAUGGGCAGACUGGUUCAGGUAAAACCUAUACAAUUCAAGGAGAUAGAGACUCUAACGCAGGGCUUGUCCCAAGAGCAAUUGAUGAGAUAUACUCCAUGAUGAAAAAGCUUGGUCCAAACUUUGAAUUUAAGCUGUCUUGCUAUAUGGUUGAGCUCUACAAAACAACACUUAUUGACCUUCUCAAACCUUAUCAAAAAAAUAGCGAAAGAGUAGAUUUGUCAAUAGUAAGAGAUGCACAUGGGAUGGUUGUUAUCCCAGAAACCACUAUAAAGCAUCCCAGAAAUGCUGAAGAGCUCCACUUAAUUUAUAACAAAGGAAUAGAUGGCAGACACGUUUCUAAUACCAAAAUGAAUACUCAAAGUUCUCGAUCUCACGCGAUCUUUAGUGUUUUAAUAGAAGUGACUAAUAGAAACACCGACCAAAAAACAAUAGGGAAGCUUAGCUUUGUAGAUUUAGCUGGGUCUGAAAGGAUUGGAAAAACAGAAGCUACGGCUGAGGGCUUAAGGGAAGGCAACGAGAUUAAUAAGAGCUUGACUAUACUAGGAAACGUGAUAAAUGCACUAGCUAGAGGAGAUAGCCAUAUUCCUUACAGAGACAAUAAGUUGACCAUGCUUAUGCGUGACUCUAUAGGUGGCUCUGCUAAAACCCUAAUGAUUGUAAAUAUAAGCCCAGCACAUUUUAACAGAGACGAAACCCAGAUUUCUUUAUACUAUGGAGCCAAGGCUAAACAAGUAACUAACGAACCACUGAAGAAUAUUGAAACCAAAGAAACAAUUAAAUUUAACCAAGAACUCAUGGAGAUCGCCAAAGAGAGGGAUGAAUAUAAAACAAUUUUGAUGCAAAACUGUCUCUUGCCAAGUAUGAGCAUAGAGCAAUCACAAGAAGAAAAUAUUAAUUCUGAACAAAUCAGUAUAUAA